AUGGCUUUCGAACAGAUUGUGAAGGAUCUCCAAGCUCAAAAUGCUCAAUUCCAACAAAUGUUCAUCUCUUUAGCCAAAGGGCAAGAAGAUCUCAAAAAUUUGAUCACCAAGAAAGAAAAGAAGAAGUCCAAAGUACGAAUUGGUGUCCUUAAUAUGGGAAGAAGGUUUAGAGGUCCGAUCAAGGUUUCCAAAGAGAUUGAAAUCCCAAAAGGUAGUGUAAAAAAUGAUGACGAGGAAGAAGUGGUUCUAGAAUCUGACGAGGAAGAGGAAUAUCUAGAGGAGCAGUAUCCACCUGCUGAGGAAAAAUAUAAGUUGCUGGAAGAUCGCCUGAAUGCGAUGGAAAACCAAAGAGUCCCUGGGUUAGACUUCGAGGACACGGGUUUGAUUCUUGGGGUUUUCAUUCCCCCUAAGUUCAAGAUCCAUGUAUUUGUGAUAUAUGAUGGUGCCUCUUAUCCCAAAUUGCAUCUGAGGUCCUAUGUCCGAAAAAUUCAACCCCAUACUGAUGAUAAAAAGUUAUGGGUACAGUUCUUUCAAGAGAGUUUAGCUGGAACACAACUUGAAUGGUUCUAUCUACUAGAGGGAGCCAACAUUCGCAGGUGGGAAGACUUGGCUGUUGCUUUUUAUAAGAAAUACCAAUAUAACGCUGAUCUUGCUCCUACCCGUACACAAUUACAAAGCAUGUCUAUGGGUCCUAAAGGUAACUUCAAGGAAUAUGCUCAGAGGUGGAAGGACAUUGCAGGCAGAGUCCAACCUCCCUUACCUGACAAGGAAUUGGUUGAUAUGUUUAUGGGUACGCUGUUUGGCCCCUUUUAUUGUCAUUUGCUCAGAAGUUCCUCAUCUAGUUUCACUGACCUGAUUUUUACUAGAGAACGUGUUGAGAGUGGUAUUCGGAAUGGAAAGAUUCAAAUGGCUACAUCUUCUGGCGCUAUGAAGAAAUCAUAUAGUGGGAAGAAUGAAGCAAACGCUAUGCACAAGGGUCGCGUCAAGAGUGAUCACAACCAAUCUGUUGGGGAAGUCUUAAUCUCUAAACCAACACCUCAACCGAGUCAACAACAAAAUAAUCUACGUAGGCAAGAUGCGCCUAGGAGGCAAUUUACUAGAAUCAAUAUGUCUCUGACUCAAGCAUUACAACACUUAUUAAAGGCAGAGUUACUUGCACCGAUAACGCCCCAUCCAAACCCUAACACUUCAUUACCUCGCUAUAAUCCCAAUGCAAGGUGUAUGUACCAUUCUAAUAGCCCAGGGCAUGAUACAAACAAUUUCUGGACGUUGAAAAACGAAAUUCAAGACAUGAUAUAUGCUGGUGAAAUUGAGUUUGACCCACCUGAAACUCCCCAUGUUAUUACUGCUCCUAUGCCCAAUCAUGGAAAGGCUGUUAAUGAUGUUGGGGAUGGUCCUUAUGUUUUCUCUGUGGCUGACUUGACUACUUCUCUCCUGAUCGUCAAGAAGAUGUUGUUGCAAGCAGGUUUAUUUCCGCGCUGCGAGGAAAGGUGUCAUUUCUGUAAAGUUUAA